AGAGACAGAUCUACUUGAAACAAUAACCAAAAAUCCAUUUUUAUCUUUAAACCCUCUUUCUUUCACUUGCAUCAUGGCCGAAGCAAAUAUCCAUUACCAAAAGGCUGGUCUCCCAGUAGUUACCCCAGAUGAAGACGAAGAGCUCACCCAGGCUCUCACGUCCCUGGCUGACCCCGACUCUCUCGAAGAAGGGGCUCUUCUGGCAGAUGGCGCUGAUCCUUCGGGAGGCAACCAACUGGAAACCGUCUACUAUGUCAACUUCAAUCCGAACACCUCCGCUGAGCUCAAGCCCCAGCUUGAGGCAGUCUCAGCCAACGUCAACCUUAACAGCAAUUUUUUUAGUGUCAAGGCCGAUGCUGCUGUCGCAGAGAAAAUUCCUUCCGGUACUCAGACUAAGAAGGCCAACUACAAGGCGAAGGUGAUCAAUCAUCUCGCCCAAACCGCGCCGUGGUAUGUAUUGGACAAUGCAAUGCAACAAAAUAGUAUUUCAUAUCUGCUCUACGAAUAUACACUAACAUAUGGCCCCAGGAUUGCCAACGUUGGCCUCCAGACACAGAAAAAGAACUUCAAAGUUGAAAAGAAUGUGUUCCAUGACACGCUUGUGAAGACCUUCACCCAUGGGUUGAACUUGCCGGAGACCAUCACAGCAAAACUAGAAAACUUUCUACAAAACGUCAAAAAUGUCAUCGAUAAAGCUUCGGACACUUCCGACAGUUUGACAUUCUUCAUCUUGAUUACCCUCUACCAACAGGAUGACGUUGCAAAAAUAUGGCGACCAUACAUCCGAACGAUCUACUUCAGAGUGGACCAAAGCUUGAGUGAAUACACCAAGAAAAAGGGUGACAAGAGCUCCGGCAAGGAUGUGAAUGUUGAUUUCGAAUACGUGCAGUCAGAUGGCCAGUUCAACAAUGCUCUAUUUGAGAGCAACGCCAAAACGGGUAUCAACCAGCUCAUAAACGCGAAAUCAGCCGAUUUCAUCAAGAAUACUUUGUUUGAUGUUUCUGUUGAUGACUGAGAGAUUGAUUAGGAAAUGCCCUUUUUGUACAUGGGCAGCUAAUGACAUGAACGGAAUUUUACGCGCUAUCAUUUCAGAAACUCCAAUGAGAUCUUUCUAUGUUUUUUCCUAGAAAUAACUUUCAAAUUUGAAUCAUGCAGAGUAGUAAUUACAAGCUUUGAAUUGUGAUUUCUCGGCGAUUGCUGCCUCAGUUUCUGUUUUCCUUGUGUUUUUUCACCACUGUCUACCUAGGUACCUUUGUUUAGAGCAAAUCAUCUUGGAGAAAUAGUAAUUAUAAAUGAAGAAACUUUU